AUGAAUUAGAAUGUUGAAUAUGAAGAAAAUCUAUAUAAAAUUUUAGCAUAGAUUAACAAUAUUGAUGAUUAAAUCUUGAGUGCGAUUUUUGAAAUAUUUAAAAAAGAGAAAAUUUAAGAAUGUGAAGGAUUACUUACAAAAAAUGAAAAUCAUAACUAAUUAGAAUUUUAAAUGGAUAAGUUAAAAGAAGUUAAGGCUUAUUAUAAUAAUAUUAAAUAAAUCAAAAAUGUUAUCAGCUAAAUUAAAGAUCAUGACUUCAAUAAAAAUAAUUAUAACUCAGAAAUCUACAUAGAAAUUAAACGAAAGCUAAUUUUGAAAAUAUCAUAAGAAUAGAAGAUUAUUGAAUUAUUGAUAUUUCUAGUUCAGCUUACAGCAAUUGACAACUAAUUUGUCUAAUGUGGGUCAAAUUCACUGCAUAUAUUAAUUGAAAUGAAGGUUGAUCUAACUAAAAAAUGCUUUGAAAAUAUUAAGAUAUUAAACACUUCUUUGAUUGGAGCUAAUUUUGCCAGAUGCAAUCUGAGCGGAUCAGAAUUUGAAAAUGUAGAUAUAAGUGGAGUAAAUUUGAAUGAAACAUAGUUAAUUAAUUGUAAGUGGAAAAACUUAAGAAUAAAUGAGUUACAUAAAUUUGAUGAGCUUAGUAAAUCAGUAUGCUUCUCUCAUGACGGUGCAAUAUUGGCUACUGGUAGUAGUGAUGACUCUAUUUGUUUAUGGGAUGUUAAGACAGGUCAAUAGAAAUUUAAAUUAAAAGGUCAUACUAGCUAUGUCGAAUCUGUUUGUUUCUCUCCUGAUGGUUCUACAUUAGCAUCUGGUAGCGAUGAUAAAUCUAUUCGUUUAUGGGAUGUUAAGACAGGACAAAAAAAGUUUAAGCUGGAUGGACAUUAUCAUACUAUCAAUUAAAUUUGCUUCUCUCCAGAUGGCACAACAUUAGCAUCUGGUAGUGAUGAUUAAUCUAUUAAUUUAUGGGAUGUUAAGACAAGAAAAAAAAAAUCUAAAAUCUAAGAUAAUAUUAAUUCCGUCAGAACAGUUUGCUUCUCUCCUGAUAGCUUUACUCUAGCAUUUGGAAGUUCUGAUUACUUUAUCCGCUUAUGGGAUGUUAAGACAGGUCAAUAGAAAUUUAAAUUAGAUGGUCAUACUAGAUAUGUCGAAUCUGUUUGUUUCUCUCCUGAUGGUUCUACAUUAGCAUCUAGUAGCGAUGAUAAAUCUAUUCGUUUAUGGGAUGUUAAGACAGGACAAUAAAAAUUUUAAUUUGAUGGCCAUACUAGUUUUGUGCAAUCAGUUUGCUUUUCUCCUGAUGGCACUUUAUUAGCAUCUGGUAGUAAAGAUAAGUCUAUUUGUUUAUGGAAUGUUAAGACAGGAUAGCAAGACUCUAAUUUCCUCGGACAUACUUGUAGUGUCAAUUCAAUAAACUUUUCACCUAAUGGCACCAUUUUAGCUUCCAGCAGUGAUGAUAAGUCUAUUCGCCUAUGGGAUGUCAAAGCAGGUAAAUAAAAACCGACAUUUGAUGGUCAUACUAGUGCUAUAUCUUCAUUAUGCUUUUCUCCUAAUGGUACCAUUAUAGCAUCUGGUAGUGAUGAUAAAUCUAUUCGUUUAUGGGAUGUUAAGACAGGACAAUAAAAAUGUAUAUUUAAUGAUCACACCAGCACUGUUUGGUCAGUAUGCUUCUCUCCGGAUGGUGCUACAUUAGCAUCAGGUAGUAGAGAUAAGUCUAUCUGCUUAUGGGAUGUUAAGACAGGACAAUAAAAAUUUAAAUUUGAUAGUCAUACAAGUUAUGUCAGGUCAGUUUGCUUUUCUCCUGAUGGCACUAUAUUAGCAUCUGGUAGUGAUGAUAAAUCUAUCCGUUUAUGGGAUAUUAAGACAGGAUAAUAAAAAUCUAAAUUAGAUUGUCAUAAUUAUACUAUAAAUUCGGUUUGCUUCUCUCCAGAUGGUACUACUUUAGCAGCUGGUAGUGUGGAUAAUUCUGUCUAAUUAUGGGAUGUUAAUACAGAAACAUAAAAAUCCAAAUUAAUAGGUCAUAAACAUUUUGUCGAAACAGUUUGCUUCUCUCCUGAUGGUACUACAUUAGCAUCUGGUAGCGAUGAUUACUCAAUUUUUUUAUGGGAUGUUAAGAACGGGCAAUUAAAGUCUUAAUUAAAUGGUCAUACUAGUUAUGUCAGGUCAAUUUGCUUCUCUCCAGAUGGUACUACAUUAGCAUCUGGCAGUGAUGAUAAGACUAUCCGCUUAUGGGAUAUAAAGACAGGAUAAUAAAAAUCUAAAUUAGAUGGUCAUAUUAGUAAUGUAAGGUCAGUUUGCUACUCUCCUGAUGGCAAUACAUUGGCGUCUGGCAGUUGGGAUAAUUCAAUCCGAUUAUGGGAUGUAUAAAAAAUGAAAUCCAAGGUAAAGAGUUCUGAAGAUCUUUUAGCAUAAUAGAAAAUACCUUUUUAAGGUAAUUCUUUUUCAAAAAAUGGUAUGAAUUUAAAUUUAAAUAAAGUUAACUCUCAUAUUCCAAUUCUCCUGAUAUCAAAAUAAACAAUAUUUUAGGCAUAAGGAGCAUUAAUUUUAGAUGGAUAAUUUCUCAAUUAUUAAGGAAUAGAUUUGCGAAUUUUAUUUAAAUAAAGAGGAAGCUCUAUUUGGGAAAGCUAAAUAGAAUUUUAAUAAAAGUAAAAUUGA